AUGAAAGGUGCGGUGUUGACGCGCUCGUCUGGGUCCGGUACUAAAUCAUCCAAGAAAAAGAAGGAUUCCACCAAGCUUUAUAGCUCGCCUCCCAAAAUUUCGUUCCGAGACCCUAUCGGGCGCGAAUUGCCGCCGUCGUUGCACAAUUUCCGCUGGGAUGUUGACAAAGUGGAGCGGAAACUGCAGGAAAAGAUCCAAGAGAAGACGCUAAUCGCUGGUAACUUUGUCUAUCAGCAGGCCUAUCGCCUGCUCGAAGGCAAUCGAGGCGAAGGCAUCGACUUUCCGAGCUUCAAAGAGCAGCUACGGGUCAAGUUUGGCAUCAUCCUCGAUGACAGUGAACUUUACUUACUUUUUGACAAAUACGACGAGGACGGAAAUGGCACGAUUGACCUGCAAGAGUUCAUCCGGCGCGUUCUGCCGCCCGACUACAAUUACGGCCGGCAGUGGUUUGAAGUCAGCCAGCUAGAAAGUGAGGAGAAGGCUGCACGUCUCCGAAAUGAAGCACGACAAGAGUUCCUGGCUUGCCAAGGCCUAGCAACGUCAGGGGGUAUCAAUAACACGGGCACGGCCUGCAACUGGACUAUUCAGCAGCUCAUGAAACAGAUCCAGUCCAAGGUCGUACAGAAGACACCCAGCGGUGAGGAUCAGUAUCGUCGUGCGUUCAAGAUGCUUCGUUCCGGAAGAGAUCAAGGUAUCAGAAUGAACGGACUACAGUUCAACCUUAAGACCAAGUUUGGUAUUUAUGCGAGUGAUGAGCAAAUGCGGCAGCUUUUCGCCAUGUGCGACCAGGAUGGCAACGGUGAGAUCGAUCUACAGGAGUUCUUGCAGUUUGUGGAUCCUCCGGCGUAUCCAUCCAAUAGCCGAGUACCCGGAGGAAUUUGGACGCAAAGCGAUAGUGAGGUUGAGGAUAGUGUGAGCGAAAAUAAUGAGUUGAGUGGUGGGGACGAGGUAAGGUAUAGCGGAAGCUCACGACCUUCGACGGGUUCUCCACGAGCGUCUUCAAUCUGCACGGAAGAAGGAUGCUCGACCACUUCCAUACCGAGGCGAGUUAGAAAAGAACGCCCCCGAACGGCGAAUCCUCGCAAGACACACAUGCUGCAUAAAAGGCGAGAAAUGGCGGACCAGCAGCGUAUGAAGCGUCAUGAGCUCCUCCAGCAAGAAAGAUCGAUGCCAAUGGCUCCGCCUCUUGAAGCACUUGCACUGGCAAGCGGCUGCGAGCCGCUUAUUUCAUCGCAGCAAGGUCUUGCCAUCUAG